CGCUGUCGCGAAGGAACGCCAUUAACGGAAGCGACGCCACUCGGAUCGUACUGACCAUCUGUUCGGGGACUAUAUACUUCAGCACUUAACUUUCACUUAAGUCGGAAUAUCACUUGAAUACCAAAAAUGGCCCAAGUAGCACCACAAGCAGCACCGGCACAACCUGCAGGAGCCCCACCUGCUUAUCCUCCUCCUCAACAGGCUCCACCACCACAGCCAGGUUAUGGAUAUCCUCCUCCACCUCAGAAUAACAACAUGAUGAUGAACAACACCGUGGUCGUUGCCGCACCCGCCCCACCCCCAUCUAACAACGUGGUAAUCAUCAACCAGAAGAAGGAUAACUGCUGCAGACAAGCCAUCCCCGCCCUCCACAUUGCCGCUGCCGUUAUCUGUCUUAUAUUCAACAUAUUCUUCCCCGGCAUCGGUACGAUGAUCGCUGGGUUUGCUGUAUUCUGCUGCGGUAACCCUGGAGAUGAUGGGGCAAGCAAAGUCGGAACCAUGUGCAUCAACUUCUGGGUAGGGUGUCUUCAAAUCGGAACCGUCUGGUUUUUCUUCCUUGGUUGGAUCUGGUCCAUCAUGUGGGGUGCAGCAUUCAUCGGCAUGUCAGCUGACUACCACUCUGGCGGAGAUACAACAAUCGUAGCCACCGGUGGAGGCGGAACCACGGUCAUCAACAACUAAACUCCUCUUCCGAGAAUAGGCAAUAACGAACAUUAACAUAUUAAUGUGUCUUAAAAUGUUGAUCCUGCACCAACGAGAUCUUCAACUUGGACAUUAAACUGCACUAAGAUAUUUCGAUGCUAUCGAUAUAAACUCAUGUACAGCAAAGGCGUGUCCCAUGAAUUUCAUGUGUGUUUGAUAGAUCUUUAUUACGGAAAAUUCAACGAAACACCUCCUAAGAUCUGCACCCUCCCUCGAACAUCAGAAACUCGUGUGUGAUGCUGAAUUUCCGCGAAAUUCGAGAUUAGUAUUUAUGAUAGGAUUUUUUUGUUGAGAAUUUCGCGAAGGUACGACUUCUGCCCUCAAAAUUGGUUGCAUUAAGGUAACAUUAUGCGAUUUUGCUGAAAUUUCUGGUUUAACAGUAAAGCUAAAGAAUGAAGAGUUGUCAGAGUAUUGAGCUAAAGGCGAAAUUAUAUAAAUCGACAAAAACAUUCCAUACCUAUUGGCAUACGGCAUUCCUUUAAUUGAUCUCCACAACAAUCCGAAUAUAAAAUAAAUCUCAUUUCAAAUUAAUACACUGCGUGUGUGAAUAAAAAGUAAUGCAUCAGUUAUUUCUUUGAUCGCGCCCACAUGUUUGGAUGAGGCUGCAUAAUUUUUUUGUAAAUCUUGUAAAUAUUCAAGUGGUAUAUUUUUACAAAAUUCGUGAUGACAUUGAGUUUAGUAUUCACGCAAUUCGCUUUCACCUUGAUAUUUAUAUGUGGCUGUGUAAUGUUACUUAACAACUAAACCGAUUUUGAAGAAAUGUGUUUUUAUAUCGUGUAUCAGUUAAUUUUAUUGUUUUAUCAAGAUAUGCCGUCCAGUCUAUAAUGUUUAUUGUCGUUAAGAGCAGUCCGAACGGUCCAGCAAGAUUGGCUGACAGGGAUUUUUUUGUAAUUCUCACACGUCUUUCAUUGUAUAGUUAUGGCGAAUAUUGUUUUAUAUGUAAAUAUCAAUCAUUAUAUGUUGAAAAUAAAAGAUUAUCUCUUUGUA